AUGGUUGCGUCAACUGAAGAGGUUUCUAAGCAGCUGAUAGUUUCCGAAGAUAUGAAAUACGUACUUCUACAACUCUUCGCUGUGAUUGAUAGAUACGAUUUCACUGCUGCUUUGGUUACUGUUUUUCUGUGGUUGGCAGAAAUGUCGGGUGGUCCGCCGGAUCUUCUAAGUGUUCCUGGUAAACGAGCCACGUUCACAUCUGGUAGCGAAGAAGAGGUUCGCCUUGGAUCUCGUGUCACAUUCAAUGAUCAGUCGGUUAACAUUGAAGGAGUCGAAUUUCAACUGAAUGAGGCUAACAAUCACGCAGUCACGUUUCGUGAUGACGAACACAGUCAGAAGCGCGAACAAUGGGACAAUAAGACACAGUUCUACAUGGGAGUUAUUAGCUAUGCUGUUGGUCUUGGAAACGUAUGGCGGUUUCCGUACUUGUGUCAAAAGAAUGGUGGCGGAGCAUUUCUACUUCCUUAUGUCAUUAUGAUGAUACUUCUUGGUUUGCCACUAUUUCUAAUAGAACUGGGUAUUGGCCAACGAUUACGGACGGGUCCAAUGGGCGUUUGGAACGCAAUUCAUCCUUAUCUGGGAGGUCUUGGCGUAUCAGCGGCUGUUGUUUCGUACUUGGUUGCACUCUACUAUAAUGUCAUCAUUACGUGGUGCUUGUACUACUUAAAGGAGUCAUUUGCCCUCAAUCUUCCGUGGGGUGUUUGUCCUCAGAAUGAAAAUGGAACAUUGGAUAGAGAAUGUGCUAUGUCAUCAUCAACUACCAUGUAUUUCUGGAAUCGACAAGCACUCGAUACAACAGGGAGCAUCGGCGAACUUGACGGUUUUAAUCCACAUAUUACGAUUUCACUGAUUGUCGCAUGGGUUUUGAUAUAUCUUUGUGUGAUGAAAGGAAUUAAAAGUAGUGGAAAAGUGAUGUAUGCGACGGCGACUUUCCCAUAUCUUGUCACAACAAUCUUCCUUAUUCGUUCGGUCACUCUUGAAGGUGCUAUGAGAGGAUUGUGGCAUAUGAUUAAUCCAGAUACAUUUUUAAUUGUUGCAUUUUUGUUUUCGUCCAUACUUUUGGUUUCAGCAAAGGAUGAUUUUGAGUUUCAUUUGUAUUUUCAGCUUCAUAAACUUUAUAGUCCAACCGUAUGGUUGGAAGCUGCAACACAAAUCUUCUACAGUAUGGGACUUGGAUUUGGGGGUCUGAUUGCUUUUGGUUCAUACAAUCCAGUAAAAAAUGACUGUAAAAGGGAUGCAAAGUGGUUGGCAUUGUGUAAUGUGGUCACGUCACUCUAUACGGCUCUCGUCAUCUUCUGCGUGUUGGGGUAUAUGGCUCAUAACACAAUGAACACCUGUAUAGAGAAGGACAUGAUAAUCAUGCAAUCUGUAUUCCCUGAGAAGUUCGCCACUGUUGAUGAUGUUCGACGCGCGUUCACUAUUGAGCAGUAUAUCAAUUUAAUUGACAAAGGAUUCGACGGUGAAUUUACGAAGAUGUCUGCUCAUUCACAAAUGUGUGACUACGCUACCAUUAUUUCUGAGGCUGCUGAAGGUACCGGCUUGGCUUUCGUUGUGUUUACCGAGGCGAUUCUGAAGUUUCCAUUUCCGCCAGCAUGGUCAAUCCUGUUCUUUCUCAUGCUGCUCUCCCUCGGUCUCGGAAGUAUGUUUGGUACACUCGAGGGUGUGAUUACUUCGUUGAAUGACUCACAUCUCAUCACCGCCUCUAAGCCGGUACUCACUGCAGGACUUUGUACCUCAGCAUGUUUAAUCGGUUUACUCUUUUCUACUCGGGCUGGCCAGGUUCACGCAAAAUUAUAUUUCAUUGAUCGCCGUGGUUUAUGUCUACGGAUAUCGACGGUAUGCUGUUUUAGUGAAUUCAUUGAUAAACUAUGCUUUAUUUCUUUGGCCAUCUUACUAUGCACUUAUUACAGUUUCUCUCGAGAUAUGGACUUUAUGACUGGUUCUACUCCUGGCCAAUAUUGGUUGAUUGCUUGGCGUUUUAUUGCACCAAUCAUCAUGGCCGUGUUGUUCACAUGCAGUAUUGUUCAGUGCUUCUCGAAAGCCACUACGUAUUAUGCGUACGACCGUGAAACCGCGAAGCAACAAGAAACGGAGUAUCCAAUUUGGGCAAUGUUCAUCGCUCUCGGUAUGGUUCUGCUUGCAAUCCUACCCACGUUUGCCGUAUGGUUCCUGCGCUACUUCAAGAUUUGGAAACUGGAAGCUGAUAUUCCUGCGGCUUCUAAGUGCUUGGGUGCGACCCAAAGUACCACGUAUAUGCUGAAAAGCGAGCAGAGUUUCAAUCGUAUGACAGAAUCCAAUGUUUCGGUCGCCGAAAUGGAGCCAAUCAAAACUACCCCGCGCUAG